AUGUCGCGACACCGCGCGGUGCGCAACUUGAAUUUGGAGGACGAGUUGGCGGACGAGUAUGCUGAAGACGACUUCGACUUUAUGGACGACCUUUCGCCCGAGGAUCACGACGCUAUGGAGCAGUCACUGGCGACAGUCCUAGACACACUUGGCGACGCCGACUUUUCGGAGCGCAGUAUAAAACAGGUGCUAUGGGAUACCUACUUUAACGCGGAAGCGGCGAUCGAUAUUCUGCUGCGCGAGAAGGAAAAGUCUGCACUGCAAGCGCGAAAAAAAGCAGGUACGUAUUUGGAGGCACGGCAUGGAACGCCGCUUUCGGAGCCGUUUUCCAGGUCAGCAUCCAUGUCGCACACGCGCACAAAUGCUGACCUGGAAGAUGAACAUUGCGCACAUGAGCAUCGCGGCGUGGCAGGAGCUGCAUCUACCACCGACCCACAGUCCACACACGCGCCAAUAGACACGCUGCCCACGGGCAAGAAGCCGUCGAAACUGCAGCAGAAACUGCAGGCGAGCCGUGCGAAGGCAUUGGGAUGCACACCCACCCUUGCCCACACUGUACCAGCGCCAGUGCCAGCACCAGCACCAGCACCGCAGCCGCCUCCAAAGACACACGCACCCAUUGCACCGUCCAACGCCCCGCUCGACGCCUUGUUCCCGCCGCUCGACGCCCCGCUGAGCGGCUCGCACCCCCCUUCCUCUUUUGUGCGCUUCCUCAAACCGCCCAUGCACCGUGCGGUGCUCAACACGGCGGUGCCGCGCGUCUCAGACGAGGAAAUGAGCCACUUGCGCAGCGUGUUUAGCCAACUAAGCCCCGACGAUCUUGUUCUUCAAGCACGCCACGAAAAAGAAAAAGAGCGCUUGGAAAAAGCGCGCGCGCGCCCCUCGGCUGGCCCUGUCCAGCAGCUGCGCGGCUCGAUCCAGAAAAUGGAGCUCGGCAGUCGCGCAUCCUCACCGGGCAGUGGCACAAGCACACGCGCCAACUCACCGGUCCCCAAGCUCAUGAUUCCCCGCGAGCAGAUCCUCGAGACGCUCGCGGCCCACAAAGGCCCCUGCGAGCUCGGGCUUGUGGUUGUGGGCCACGUGGAUGCUGGCAAGUCGACGUUGAUGGGGCGCAUGCUGCUUGCGUUUGGCGAUCUCUCGGAGCGCGACCAUCAGCAGCACUUGCGCAAUAGCGCCAAGAUCGGCAAGUCCAGCUUUGCGUACGCAUGGGCGCUGGACUCGUCCGAGGAGGAGCGCGAGCGUGGGAUUACGAUUGAUGUUGCACAGGACGUGUUCCGUACAGAGAAACAUGUAUUUCACCUUCUUGACGCGCCCGGACAUCGCGACUUUGUUCCAAACAUGAUUAGCGGCGCGGCGCAGGCCGACGCGGCGCUGCUGGUAGUCGACGCGUCUCUUGGCGCGUUUGAGGCGGGUUUUGGAGCUUUGGGACAGACGCGCGAGCAUGCCACGCUGCUGCGCAGCUUGGGCAUCCAGCAGCUCAUUGUCGUGGUGAACAAGCUCGAUGCGGUGGAGUACGAUGCACAGCGCUACGAAACCAUUCUCCACACGCUCAAACCCUUCCUCGCGCAGUCUGGCUUUGACGCGUACAGCAUCCAAUACAUUCCUUGUGCUGGCUCCGAGGGCGAGAAUUUGUCGUCGGCGCCGCAGCACGGCGCACUGCGUGCAUGGUACAACGGCCCGACGCUCGCGCAGGCCCUCGACAGCUUGAAAGAGCCGGCGCGCCAGUACGAUGCGCCGCUCCGAAUUCCCGUGACCAACGUGUUUCGCAGCCAGAACGCCAUCAGCUCGGGCAUUGGUGUCGCAGGUCGUAUCGCCUCGGGCAUUGUCCAAGUCGGCGAAAUUGUCGCGCCGCUGCCGGGCGAUGCGACAGGCACGGUGCGUGCGAUUGAGUGUGAAGGCAACGUGCGGCCAUGGGCUGCAGCAGGCUCCAACGUCACGCUCUACCUGAGCAACGUGGAACAGAACCAGAUUCAUGUAGGCAGCGUGCUAUGCCCACCCCAAGAGCCAGUUUCGUUGGUGGACGAAGUGGUGGUCCAAAUGCUCGUAUUCACCCCGACCUAUCCGCUGCUCAAAGGCACCGCCGUCGAGGUGUACCACCACAGCGCCGACAUCCCCGGCCAGCUGGUCGAGCUGAUCUCGCUCCUUGACAAGGGGACGGGCGAUGUCACGAAGCAGCAUCCGCGCGUAUUGCCGCACCAUGCAACGGCCACGGUACGUAUCGCGCUGGGGCAAGCCUACCCCAUCGAGACGUUCCGUGUGAACAAGGAUAUGGCACGUUUGCUCUUCCGUAUGAACGGCGAGACGGUGGGUGCGGGUAUCGUUAUAAAAGCUACGUGUGGUACGUAG